UCUAAUUUUCCCGCAGCCCGGCAGCCGUGUAGCUUCUUCCCUUCCAAAUUCCAAUCGUAUCUGCCAUUGACGAACGCUUCGUGCCUACCAUUGACGAACGCUUCCGAAUUCCAAUCGUAUCAGCCAUUAACUAUGAGAAAUCAAUGGCGUCUCCUGCAAUGUCUCCACCACCAUAUUUUCUCACCCUCUUAUUUUCCUUCAACAUUGUCUUCUUUCAAAUGUUUGCCAAAGAUCACAUCUAUUUACCAUUUUUGUUCUUCUACCAAUAAUUUAGCUCCAUCCAACUAUGCUAAUGUACUUGCUUUGUUAUUCACUGCAAAAGAAGAUCCUCGACAUUCCCAAGCAACAAGGGUACUUACCCAUAGAGUUUCAAUCUUGAAAAAUGAAUUAGUUAAGGUUAAUGAAGAUUUUGUUGCUGCUCGUCAAGUCCUUGAAGAGAUGGGUUUUCCUUUGUUUUGUUCUUCCUCUGAUGGGUUUCUUGAGCUUUUGAAACAACUUCAUGAGUUUCCUCGUUUGUCAAUUGAGGUUUUCGAUUGGCGAAGGAAACAUACUGGCUUUAGUUUUCCUAUAUCAUAUGAGGAGUAUGCCAAGGGUAUUCAAGUUGCUGGUAGAGCUAGGAAUGUUGAUCUUGCAGUUGAGUUAUUUACCGAGGCUGCUAAAAGCGGUGUCAAAACAUCAUCUAUUUAUAAUGCAUUGAUGAGUGUCUAUAUGUUGAAUGGCAUGCCAGAGAAAUGUCUAUCACUAUUUCGGGAAUUCAAGAAAGAAGGAUGCUGUACUCCUACAAUUGUAACUUACAAUAUCCUAAUUUCUGUGUUUGGUCGUUUGAUGUUGAUAGACCAUAUGGAAGCAACAUUUCAAGAGAUAAACGACUCGGACCUCUUUCCUACUUUGAUGACAUUCAAUAAUUUGAUUGCUGGAUAUGUAACCGCAUGGAUGUGGGAUCGAAUGGAGAAUGCCUUUUUGAUGAUGAGCAAUAAGUCCAUUGAGCCCGAUACUCACACCUAUAGGCUAUUGCUAAGAGGCUAUGCACAUUCUGGAAAUAUGAAGAAGAUGGAAGAGAUCUAUGAGCUGCUGAAACGUAAUUUUGAUAAGGAUGACGUGUCUAUAUUCAAAAUGAUGAUUAUUGCAUAUUGUAAGAAUUCUUGUGAAAAUAGAAUAGAAAAGAUUGAUGCACUAAUCGCGCAGAUUCCUAAAUAUGAAUACGAACCAUGGUUGAUUGUGUUACUUAUUAAGGUUUAUGCAGAAGAACAACUGUUGGAGAGGAUGGAAGCAUUUAUCGAUGUUGCCUUCGAACAACAAACUAAAGUAUACCCUAUGCGUGUGAUGCGCUCAAUUAUCACGGUCUACUACCAUUUAAACGCCGUUGACAAGCUCACGUGCUUUGUGAAGCGUGCAGAAUCUGCCGGUUGGAGGAUAUGUAGAUCCCUCUACCAUUGUAAAAUGGUGAUGUAUUCAGCCCAAAAUCGCCUGCAAGAAAUGGAAAAUGUACUUGCUGAAAUGGAAAAUGUCAACAUAACUCGAACCAAGAAAACGUGGGCUAUUUUGUUCCACGCCUACUUGAAUUCGGGACCAAGAUGCAAACUUGAGCAAGUACAAGGACUGUUGUACAAAUUGGGAUAGUGGUCGUGGUUGAUAGACAUUCUGUAACUCAUAUGAAGGUGCAUCACCUUGCCAUGUUUUGCAAUACUUCACAACAUAUAGCUGCAAUGAAUUUCACUAUCUUUUUGUUGGAAGAUUGUUACACAUGGACCUACAGUUGAAUCAACAACCCAUCAAUUUUUAGGGUUCCAUUAUGUUUGACUUCAUCUUUUGGCUCAUUGGAAAUCAUGUUCACUAUGCUACUGCGGAAGCUGAAACAGGAGUUGGAGCUCCUAAUAAUGUUUGUAUAGAGAUUAGAAACAUCUGAUGUAGGCUUGAGAAGAAUUUGUGAUGAUCAUAAUGAAUAGUAUCCUUAUAUUGUUAAGUGCGUUGGUUAUUAGACAUAACUAGGACAUUUUUAAUUUGUAGAUAUAUUUACUUUGUUCAAUGAUUUGAUGAUUUACUUCUGUUAUUUUGUAUAAUUGUUUCACAAAAGGUGUGUUGUUUGAGGUCAUGGCUGCAAUAUACCUUUGAUUGCAGCUAAUUCCGACAGUAGAUCAUGAUAUCCUAAAGCUGAAGCGCGGAAGUUAAGCCUUUUGAGGACCUUCAGCUGCACCCUCACGGUCAUACCAUCUCCGGUAUAUCAAGGUCUUUACUAUUAAUAGUAUACUGAUAUUUUCUUAUUUUCAAUUGAAUAAUCACUAACUCACCUGCUCUGAUAAUUUUAUUGUGACCUAACUUGUCUCAGAGUCGGUUGCUGCUCCUUGUAGCUCUUCCUCAAGACUGUGCGGGCAUCAUCUUAGACCUUCCCCUUCCCUUUAUCUUCUCUUAUAAUUUGGUAUCUAAACAUCGUGUUAGUCCCUCAAGUAUAUCAGUAUAUUGUGCAAAUUCAUUCACAGUUCAAUGGACACUUGGUGUUGCAUUUAUUCUACACCUUUCACUUCAUCCUUCUUGCUAGCAGAUCAUUUAUAUUAUUAUAUAUUAUGUUUAGAUUGGAGAAAAUGGAAAGAAAAGUAGGGGAAAUGAAGGGAUUGUAUCUUUAUCAUUUGGAUACCAAUAGGGGGAGGGAAAUGGAGGCAAGAGAAUUGAAAGAAAGAUUUCCUUCACAAUUAUUACAAAACACAUCAUUCCAAUUUUGAAAUGAUUUGGAAGGAAAUACAAAAAUCUCCCCUCCUUUCUCUUCCCCUUCCCUUCCCUCUCCCACACUUUUCUUCCUUUUAAAAAUGUUAUCCAAACACAAUGUUAGUCAAUUGAGGUAUCAAAAUCCGAGGACUUAGACAAUCUGCUUCAUAAGUCAAGACUGUCUCGAAUGCUUCUAAAAAUGAUUUGUUUUGUAAAUAUACUCUUGGUCCUUUUCUUUAUGGAAGCCCUGGAAAUAAAAUGA